UGUUACCCAGGCAACAGAGCGACGCAGAGCUCUUUUCAAGUUAUUUUCGGAGCUUCGUCAGCGAUUUCAAACACUGACCAAGAGUAUGGAACCUGUGAAAACAGAAACUGAAAAGAAGAAAGUGAAAAUUGUGGAACCUGAUAAUAUGGAGAUGUUUCCUCUGCAAGCCCUCUCUAAGCUGCUUUAUCCUGAGGAAGAAGAUGAUUUUGACUCUGAACAGUCAAAUUCUUCAUCUGCUCUUGGAGCCAUGGGACCAGGAAAUAUUGGACCACCAAAAAAAGAAGAGGUCAAAAUCAUCCCUCAAACCAGUGAUGAAAAUAGCAAGGACAUCUGGAAUCCAGAAGAGGUUCCAGAAGGAGCAGAGCAUGAUGACAUGUGGGACGUUAGAGAAAUCCCAGAAUAUGAGAUUGUAUUCCAACAGCAGGUGGGAACUGAAGAUGUAUUCCUGGGAUUGACAAGAAAAGAUACUUCAACAGCAUGUUGUAAGGAUUUAGUGGUUAAAAUUAAACUACCAAAUACAAACCCGUCUGAAAUUAAACUCGAUAUCCAGGAAACGGUCCUUGAUCUACGUACUCCUAAUAAGAAAUUGUUAUUAACCCUUCCCCAUCCAGUGGAAUGCAACAGUGCCAGAGCAUCCUAUAUCCAGGAAACUGAGACUCUUGAAGUUACAAUAACUAUGAAAAGAGAGUUGGAUUUUCUUAAUUUCUUCUGAGAUUACAUGAGUAAGGAGAAAAAAUAGCAAUAUGGCUCUGAUAACAACUGUAAAACUUUGAAGAAGUUGUUAAUUUGUAUAUUCUGUUUAUUCUUAUACGUAUUUUGGAAGGGUCCAAUAUUUAAUUCAAGUGAUAUCCUUCUUACAUAAUCUUUUCUGUGACUCUGGAAAUGUUACUUUCUUAUACUGAUAAGCUAGUCCACUGUUACAGCGAUAGCGGAAUAGAAUAUUUCUAUGCUAAGCAAUUAGAUUACUGUC